AUGACGAGAUCAGUUUCGAUUUCUGCAGUGGCUAAAUCAUCACCAACAACAACAACAACAACAACAACACAAGGACGACUUGGAAAUGGGCAUACCACAACGGGCUUGAGAAGUGCACUGAUUGGAUCCAGUUUCUUUAGCAACAAAACAACUAAAAUCGAUUCCGAAACUUCCGAUUACAAGUGUGACAAGAAGAAGAAGAAGAUGAUGAUGACGAUGGAUAGUAGCGGAAGAUCUUUACCAGACGAGGAUACUGUUGAUACUGUUGCCCCUUUAUCAGACCAGAAUGCUGUUGAAGUAAUUGAUGAAGAUGAAUCUGGCAAAACAGGAAUUGAUAUUGUUGGAGCAAUAAGAAAUUUGAAUUUCAAUGCUGUUGAAAAAAACGAUGAUAAUGAUGAUAAGGAGGCAGACAAUGAGGAGCAGCAGCGGCAUCAGGAGGAGGGGGAGGAUGACGAGGAGAGGAAAAAGAAGAAGAAGAAGAAGAAAGAGGAGGAGGAAGAAAAAUGUAAUGCCUCAAAAGCAAACUCUAAUAGUGCAGAAGGACAGAAAAGAGGUUAUUACUUUGGCUCUCUUCCUCGCUCCAUCACGCCUCCACAACCUCCCGUGGACAAUCUUGACGGAUCAGAUACUACUCAGCCAGUUAAGUGGACUAGUGGUUAUGUGGGUGCAGAGACUGGGCAAGAUUUGUCACUCUCUGAGCCUGCGUUAAAACCAGAUCGUGAUGGUAAGGAAAGUUUCGAUUCUUUUAUCAAACCAUUUGAACCGCCAGAGUCUGAAGAAGAUACCAAGACUCAACAGCAAAACGGAUUGAAUUUACCUCAGAAACUUGAUCAGUAUCAGCCAGCUAGAGCCAAAAUUAUUGAUCCAAAUGUUACUUUUGAAAAUAAUCAGUUUAUGCUUCCUCCUCAUUUAAUGGGGAAUCCCCAUGUGCCACCGCUAAAUGUAACACACCCUCAGUUUAGUCCUUUUUCACCAGUCCCCAUAUCUCAUCACCAAGGACCGCCCCAUCCAAUGAUGCCACCAUACCAAUACUCAUCACUUUCUCACACUCCAACAUCAACUGGGUUUCAAAAUUUUGACUUGAACUCCCCAGGCUUACCGCUUAAACCAAAUGGUCCUGGGUUUCAACAAGGGUCAGUAUGGAAUGCUACACAUCAAAUGCAAAAUAUAGGUGGUGAAGGAAUUGCUCAACAGAACCAGCAUCCACAGCAACAGCAACAGCAACAGCAGCAGCAGCAACAACAACAACAACAGCAACAACAACAACAACAACAACAACAACAGCAGCAGCAGCAGCAACAGCGGCAUCAGCAACAGCAUCAGCAUCAGUAUCAACAUCAAAUACCACCACUUCAACAAGAACCGUCUCAUUUUCAACCGCAUCAACAAAAAAUAAACGGUGGAUUCCGUUUUCAACACCGGAAUGGACAAUUUCCAAAUAGCGAAACGAAUCAAGAUCAAAGAAGGCAUCAAAAAGGUGGAAACUAUUACACAAACCGUUAUAAUUCUCAUCAACACCAACAUCACCAACACCAGUACCAUCCCCUACAUCAACAUCAUUAUAAUUUCAAUCAGGCCCGUCGUGGUGAAGAUGCACGUAAGUUCAUUGAUGCCAAGGUUGAGGAUUUCAAAGGGCUGAUAUUGAGUUUAUGUGCUGAUCAACAUGGAUGUAGAUUUUUGCAACGUGAAUUGGAUGAGCAGCGAAAGAAACAUAGCAAAAAGGAGGAAAAUGAAAAGGAGGAGGUAGAGGAGGAGGUAGAGGAGGAGGUAGAGGAGGAGGUAGAGGAGGAGGUAGAGGAGGAGGUAGAGGAGGAGGUAGAGGAGGAGGUAGAGGAGGAGGAACAGCGGAAGGAGCCGGAUAAGGAAGCAGUGAUGGGGGAGAAGGAUGAUAAUCCAGUGGCCACGCUUAUUUUCAACGAAAUCAAAUCUAAUACAGCAGAUUUAAUGGUUGAUGCAUUUGGUAACUAUUUGAUUCAGAAAUUGAUCGAAUGUAUUACUGCUGAGCAAAGAUUAAUUUUGGUGCAAAAUGCACAAGACGAACUAGUUCGAAUAUCUUUAGACUCACAUGGUACAAGGGCUUUACAGAAACUAAUUGAUUGUUUAGGCACAGAAGAGAAGGAAUCUAGAAAACUAAUUAUUGACAAAUUGGCACCUCAUAUUAUUGAAUUAUGCUGUGAUUUAAAUGGUAAUCAUGUUGUUCAAAAAUGCCUAACGAAAUUAUCCAGUGAUGAUAAGGAUGAGUGUGGAAACCAAUUUAUAUUUGAUACGUGUUUGGAAAACUGUGAAUUAAUUGCAAGUCAUCGUCAUGGAUGUUGUGUUUUACAGAGAUGUCUUGAUCACGGGGACGAACAACAAAUCAAACGGUUGAGCCAGGAGAUUAGUUGGAAAGUGGAUAAGCUUGCAUAUGACCCGUAUGGAAAUUACGUUAUCCAGUAUGUUUUGACUCAUCAUGAUGGUAGUGAUUCAAACAGUAUUCAGAGAAUAAUAUCGUAUUUGAAGGAGAAUUUUUAUGAAUUAUCUAUACAUAAAUUUGGAUCAAAUGUUAUUGAGAGAUCAUUGCGAUUGAAAGAUGAAAACAACUGCAGUGGCACCACUACAGUUAAGGAUGAAAUUAUCCAAGUAUUGUUCACAAAAUUAUCGACCGAGGAAAUCAAUCAAAUACUAAACGAUCCGUAUGGUAAUUAUGUGUUACAAACAUGCUUGGAUGUUGCUAAAUUAGAAGAGUUGAAGAAAUUGAGUAAUAUAUUGAUGCCAUUUUUACCAAAUAUUAAAACAACGCCACAUGGAAGAAGGAUAAUGAGUAAAUUACAAUAA